UUUGGUCAUAGCCAGGUGGCAGGUCUUUUGGUGAACUUGGAUCCCAAGAGUCCCAAUGCCAAUACCGUCAGCCUGUUUGUUGAUGGUGAGCGGGUUUCCCAGCCACAACCAAUCCCGGAGUCAAUGAAGGGGAAGGCGCUUUUCCCCACUGUGAACUUCCGGAACGUUGUCUUGCAGGUGCAUUUCGGUGCCCAGCCGCUGAGGUCAUUGGCAUUUGCUUGCCACAGCUGGCUACAGGUGCAUAAGGCACAUAGCGAGGUGAAGGGCGCCACGUCGCCUGCGGAUGGGAAGUACGAAGUGCUUUUGCCUGUGGGAUUGCCAGACGAAGGGACAUUUGACUGGGUCGACCAGUUCCUGUCCAAGAACAGGAACUACACGGAGCUCAGUGAUCGCGCUAUCCUGGAUUGGGCAAAAAAGAGUGGCCUCCAGCGAUAUGGCGGCUAUGCCAGAAGGAGCUCCAACGACCAUCCAGAGAUGGACUUUGGCCUACCUUUAAUGGAGGACGCAAGUGUUCACAGGGCCAGGAGAGGCCGUGGCCCGAAACCCAGCGUUUUGGGCUCUCGCUUGAAGGCGCGGUUGCCAUGAGUAUAGUUUGGAGAGGCGCGCGUCCAACGUGACCACCUGCAGGUCCACGUGGCCUGACCCGUGGCGACGCCGCCGGCUCCGUGUGAAGCGAAAUGAAAUUGUUGGUUUUUCUCGGUUGUGUCCUUGCUCCUAGUAGUACUAACUUCACUCCAGACUGGACGGAUAUUGGGAAAUGCCGUGCCCCAUGCUGUCCCACCUGGCACAGUUCCCGCCCAAGAGAAACGCAUCCGAUUAAAUCAAAAUUUGCCUAGGGCUGUGCCCCUCCACACGGUGCCCCACCCACGC